GCGAAUUUACUUCCGAUUUCCGCAUGAUGCGUCAACAAAACAAAUAACUUCAUUUCAGGCGAUGUGCAUUGGAUAUUGCUUGGAUAUCGUUCAGUGCAGUCUGGCUCACAUUUAAUCUGCCAAAAUGGAUUAUUCUGGAAAAGAAAAGGAAGCUAUGGCCAUCAUGGCUGAGGCAGACAAGAAAAUGAAAACGUCGCAUUCGUUAUUCGGGUCGUUUUUGGGGAGCUCCUCCAAAGUCGAGGAGGCCUGUGACUUGUACGUGAGAGCUGCCAACAUGUUCAAGAUGGCCAAGAACUGGAGUGCUGCAGGAGAUGCCUUCUGCAAAGCUGCACAGCUGCAUUUACAGGUGCAAAGCAAGCACGACGCAGCCGUAAACUUUCUUGAUGCUGGCAAUGCGUUCAAAAAAGCUGAUCCUGAAGAGGCUAUAAACUGUUUCUGUCAGGCCAUUGACAUCUACACAGGCAUGGGACGUUUCAACAUUGCAGCGAAACACCACAUAUCUAUUGCUGAAAUCUAUGAGUCUGAGUUACUGGACAUAGAUAAAGCCGUUGCUCAUUAUGAACAUGCUGCAGAUUAUUACAAAGGAGAGGAGUCCACCAGUGCCGCAAACAAGUGUCUUCUCAAAGUGGCAACAUAUGCGGCUCAGAUGGAGCAGUACCAGAAAGCCACUGAAAUAUUUGAGCAGAUUGGGACUUACUCCAUGGACACUACCUUGCUGAAGUAUGGUGCUAAGGACCAUUUCUUCAAAGCAGCACUGUGUCACUUCUGUGUGGACAUGCUCAACUGCAAGCUGGCUGUACAAAAGUAUGAAGAAAUGUUUCCAGCCUUCUCAGAUGCUAGAGAGUGCAAGCUUCUUAAGAAACUUAUUGAUGCCCAUGAAGAGCAGAAUAUUGAUGCGUACGCUGAUGCAGUAAGGGAAUUUGACUCCAUCACCAGGCUUGAUCAGUGGCAGACCACCAUGUUACUAAGAAUCAAGAAGACCAUUCAGGACGAGGAGAAUGACCUUCGCUAGAGUGAAGUCAUGAAUCCGAGCUCAUUCCCCAUUCUCAUGUUCUUCCUCUCACUUCACAGUGAUUCCUUUCUUACCGUGUUUAUUAUUUAUUCAUAUACGUGAAAAUGAAGGUCAUAUGCACACUAUACACAUUAUUGUCUUCAAGUCCUACUGUCUUCAAAGAAAUGUAACCUUUAUCCCAAAGAACACUGAAGUCUUCUAGAAUGACACUCAGUAGAAUUUAUUUGACAAGUUUUGACCACAACAUUCCUUUGAUGUAAAUGUAACUCCUCGUAAAUCAGAUUAUGUGUCACCAUUUGCGUUCAUGCUUGUGCAGCUUCAGUAGUUGUUUUAUUUAUUAUUCUUUUAUUAAUGGUUGUAGAUGAUCUUAUGAUUUUCAUUUGUUAAUGAGCAAGUCACAAGGCUCGUAUGUGUCAAUAUUUAUUAGUAGUAUUUAUUAAUAAUUAAUUAAUAAUAAUUCUUUACAUUUAUAUAGCGCUUUUCUGGGCACUCAAAGCGCUUUACAUACAAGGGGGCAAUCUCCUCAACCAUCACUUACUACCAUUAGUAAUGAUAAUUUUAGAUUUAUGCAGAAUUCUAUAACUGUGAUGAUCAGCUAGAAUCAGCUGAUACAGUACUAAUUGUUAUCUUGUUUUCCUUAAUGGAGGAAAUAAUCAAGAACUGAAUUUCUUCAGUUAGAUCUUUUAUGAAAUAAGCCUAUUUAAAAACUGAUAAUAAAUUUAGCCUAAAUUAUUUAGAUUUUUGUACCAACACAUAACAGAGUGAAUCUGCAUGAUGGUUAUGUAUUUUGCAGGACCUGUACUUUAGUUUGAGUUUAAUUUAUUGAUAUAUUCCAAUACUCAGAAAACAUAAUUAAAAGUCAAACGGUUUGUUAUCUAAAAGAAACUUUAAUUAAUAGGCUUCCUAUUAUUUAAGUAAUUACCUUUUGCAAUGUAGUGCUUUAUGUGUUGAAAAUUUUAUCUACAUACAUAUGUGCAGAUGAUUCAGAUUAUGACUAGUCAUGAACCAAUACAGGAACUUCAGCAUGGAAAAAAGCAUGGCAGAAGAAGCUUUAUGUAACAAAAAAUGAAGUGUAACACAUGGUAUAACGUUUGGAGCAAGCAGUGGAAGCAUGCAUUAAUUCAUCAAAACUGUUAAACUGAUUUAAAAAGCUAAUAAAUGAUUUGAUUCCCUCA